CAAAAAAGUGCACUCCACCACCAUCGCACACAUCAUGCAGCUCCUUCAAUCCGUUUCCACGGGCCUGCUGCUCGCCAGCAGCUGCCUGUCCUCCCUUGCUGCGGCUCGCUCCGUCCCCGCGGCCAAGAACAUCGCCGUGCGCCAGUCCACUGACAAGAUCGCUCCCAAGGUCUUCAUUGUGUCCAUGUUCGAACCCGAAGCCGCCAUCUGGUGGGGUAUCCCCGAGUUCAACGUGCUGGAGCACAACAUUACCAUCCCGGGAGCUUCUCCCCUCUUCCCGGACGUGCACUGCACGGCCGACCACAACAUCUGCCAGUUGGUCACCGGUGAAGCCGAGAUCAACGCGGCCGUGACCGUCUCCUCCAUCAUCUUCAACCCCACCUUCGACCUGACCAACACCUACUUCCUGAUCGCCGGUAUCGCCGGUGUCAACCCCGAGCAGGCCACCAUCUGCGGUGUGACUCUGGCCCGCUACGCCGUCCAAGUCGCUCUGCAGUACGAGAUCGACAUCCGCGAAAUGCCCGCCAACGCCACCACCGGCUACUUCCCCCAGGGCGCCUACUACCCCUGGCAAUACCCCGGCAGCAUCUACGGCACCGAGGUCUUUGAAGUCAACGACAACCUGCGCCAGAUCGCCGCCGCUUUCGCCAGCAAGGCCACCCUCGCUGACUCCGAUGCCGCCAAGGCCUACCGCGCUAACUACAACACCUCCGACGGCAUCUACGCUGCCGGUGCCUCCGCCCCCUCCGUCGUCCAGUGCGAUGUCGCUACCAGCGACGUCUACUACUCCGGUAACAUCCUCGGCGAUACCUUCGCCAACACUACCAAGGUCCUGACCAACGGUACCGGUACCUACUGCGCCUCUGCCCAGGAGGAUAACGCCACCCUCGAGGCCAUGGUCCGUGCCGCUAAGGCUAAGCUCGUUGACUUCUCUCGUAUCAUUGUCAUGCGUACCGCCUCCGACUUCGACCGCCCCUACCCUGGCGAGUCGGCCCGCGAGAACCUCCUCUACGCUUCUACUGGUGCCUACGAGCCCUCUGUCCAGAACAUCUACAACGCCGGUGUCAAGAUCAUCGAGGGUAUCAUUAGCCAGUGGAACUCCACUUUCGCUGCCGGUAUCACCCCCAGCAACUACAUCGGUGAUAUCUUCGGUACCCUCGGUGGAUCCCCGGACUUUGGUCCCUACGCCGAUGCCGCUGAGGCUGGUGUCUCCCUCAAGCGCAGUGUUCCCCGUCGUCGCAGUCUGCGGGGAUACUAAACCAUCUCUUUUCUUUAGAGAGAAGGAAGAUCAUGUAUGAGUAUGAUGCAAAAUGAGCAUGAGUAUGUGAACGACCUUAAUUAAUAUCUAGCUAGCUGGUUAGUUAGUAGUAGCUGAAUCAGUCAGCCGAUUGACAUAAUAAAAUAACUAUUCC